AUGCCCUCCCUCCCGAAGCUGUCAACAGUCAUAACCUGGUUCCUAUACUCAAUCCCAAUCUACAUCUUCGUCCUCGACCCGCUACUCCGCGGCUUCUUCCCGGGUCUCCUCCCGGCCUCGGACUCGGACUCCGAACCCAGAUCCAAUAAAGACAUCUUCGAUUUCGACGACGCCGCUGCUAUAGGACCAGGCCUUAACCUUACCGAUGAUAGCUUCAUCAGUCCGGAAGAUGGCGUGCCAUUCGAUUGUCCCAAUGCAGGGGGGUAUCGCGUGCACCUCCUAUCGCGCGCGCCGCUGAUAAUGUACAUUGAGAACUUUAUUAGUGAAACCGAAGCGAAUCAUCUACUUGAAGUCAGCAUCCCAAACUACAAACCCUCCAUCCUCUAUGACGGCCAUACCGAACGCAUAGAUCCAACAAAACGCCUCUCAGAUCGCGCCCUCCUAGACCGCGACAAUACAGUCCGCUGCCUGGAAGACCGCGCGCGCGCCUUCCAAGGCUGGCGCCCGAACCUGUACAUCGAGCGCAUGUGGGCCCAGCGAUAUAAUACCUCCGGCCACUACCGGCACCACUAUGACUGGACGGGGUCGCUGGCACGCGGCGGGGAUCGAUUGAAUUGA